CCUUUGUAUUGUACCGCCUGCAAGUUGAUGAGGCUUUGCAUCUUGUUCUCUUUCUAACUCGUCUCUCCUUUUGAUUUUUUGUAUCCAUGAGCAAUUGGUCGUACGAUGGACUUGCCGCGAAUCUCGCCACCUUCAAUCAACGUGCAUGAUUUCACUAGUGGCUCUUAUCACAACGCUACUGAACGACCCUCAUAUGUCAUGCCUGCACAAUCAUAUUCUUUACCUGGGCCAAUGCCAAUUCCAGCCAACUCAAUCAACACAUUUGCUCCACCGCCACUUCCACCACCACCGCGCAUCAGAGACUUAGAGGACGGUUACGAUGCUGGCUGGGUGCAUGCGAAUUCUAAAGGACCCGGUGCGAAACUCGCCCCCAUUAAUCCCAGUUCGAGUCUCUUUGGUAGCCAUCGCCGCUUGGGAUCCUUGCCCCAAUCCGAUAGGAUGGCCCUAGACGACCUAGAUGGCAGACAUAGCGGUUUACCACUAUCAAGAAGCCCGGAGGCCCAUAUUAGGAUCGAGCCUCCACCACCAGCAGAUGAGGGUUUCCGAAAUUCGAUUCCGAUUACUACCAGUCCUAUUUUGAAGGGCGAGCAAGACUUCUCUCGAAGGAGUGUGAAAGAUUCGUCUGAUGCAUAUGACCAGCAUCUUUUAUCUAAAAUAGGCAAACCGCUUUCCCCACGGCAAUCGAUAAGUCUGGGAACCGAGAAUAGAGCCUCUCUAUCAACACUACCCAUUCCGUCGAGAAAUUAUGGAAGCUUACCCUCACCUGGGGGCUCUGACGGGUCUAUGCUUGAUGUGAGGUGGUCCACUGGUUCUCAGUCAGGGGGAAUAUCACCUGGGACCAAGGUUGGCUGGAGAGACUACAUCGGCUGUCGGAGCCCAAGUGUCGAGAGCAGUGCGCCGUCUUCCGCAGUAGACUACGAUCAGUCUAACUAUCUCCGCGACAUGUGCCGCCGUCGGGGAGGUGGAACCACUCCGCAAAAUGAAGAAUCACUCAGUCUCCCGAGUCGAUCGAACCGUGGAAGCUACGAUCAAGGUAUCUUCUCAGACAUCGAGGGUGACUUCUCCACAGACGAAUCGUUACCGCCGCGAUUAUUCAAUGUUCGAGAAGCAACGCCGCCUUAUUUGGACACAUCAAAAUCCGGUAUGAAGAGGAGAGCAUCAUCCCCUCCCCGAGAACCAAUUGGCGACGAUAGACACACGCUGCAUGUAGCGACGAGUAAUGGAGAUCUCUCGCAGCGGAGGACAUCUGGUCACCCGUUUACGAACACUUUGUCUGUCAACAGCGCUUACGCCCCGAGCCAUGGGAGUGUCUCUGCUGCGUCGUCUUUGAGUCUGCGAACUUCUGGGUCUUAUUCAUCAGCCGCUCUUUCAGCGGGAGGAAGCAGUGUUACAAGCGCAUCAGCAUAUGAGCGUUCGCCUGGGGGACUUUCUCCAAAUUCUGACCUUGAUUCCUUCCAUGACAAAUUUCUUAACCCCAACUCUCCCGGUGGAGUCCCUAGCCAAUCGAUGAGAGGCGUUCCGGGCCCCAAUACUCUAGAACCGCCUAGUUCGAGUGCCGUGAGGAAAAUGUCUUUGCAAACGAGUUUAAACGUGCCCAAACAAGCGGGCCCUAAAAUAAGUGGUUUGUUCAUCUGUGACUGCUGUCCCAAAAAGCCCAAGAAGUUUGACAGCCCCGAGGAACUUCGCGCACAUGAGAUGGAAAAACAGUACUCCUGCUUAUUCUGCAACAAUCGGUUUAAAAACAAGAAUGAAGCUGAGCGCCACCAAAACUCCCUUCACUUGCGGCGUCAUUCUUGGUCAUGCGCGGCGCUACCAGGAUACCAGGCUGCGUUCCAUCCUUCAUCUCCGAGUCAAACAAAUCCAGGCUCUUCCCACGACACCUGUGGUUACUGUGGCGAGGAAUUCCCGAACUUUCCUCAACCAGACUGGGACCGCAGGUUUGAGCAUCUGACGGCAGUGCAUAAGUUCGGGGAAUGCAAUAAUGCAAAGAAGUUCUACCGCGCAGACCAUUUUCGGCAACACCUGAAGCACAGCCAUGCUGGAACGAGUGGGAAGUGGACCAACAUCCUGGAGAAUGCCUGUAUGAAGGAGGAGGCGCCCCCGGAACCCAUAAAUGGCAGCAGCGGUGCUGGAUCUACACUAACUACUACAACGCUGGCGUCAAAUAAGAUCAGCGAGGUCCUCAGCGGUUGCUGACAAUUCUUGCGGUGAUAUUUACUACGGCGUUGGGACUUACGUGGGAAUUAAACUUCUUUGAAGCAUAUGAUGUGCUGUAGACGAUCCAUCCUGUUUCCUCUACAAACUUGUCUUUCUAAGACACAUGUUGCAUCUUUCUUUUAACUUCACUUUCCUUCAAGCUUUCUAUACCCAU